GGGCUGGGGAAGUGGCAGAGGACUGGAACUGGAGAAGGCUUUUACCAAAGUUUCCUCUAAGCAGCUGGGCUGACACUCUGCAGAUAAAUUUCCACUACAGAGGUCCAACAGCAGAGACUCAGAGUUUUGGAGCUCAGCCUUCUUAACCAGAACAUCAAAUUGAGCAGUUACUGCUCCCACCAUGCUCAGCAAGUCUCCAGGCCUCCUAGGCAUUCAGAUGUCCAUAACCUAUAAUCAGGUUAUGUGAUCAUACUCAGCAGCAGCAGUUUAGAUGCCUAAAACGGUGACGGUUGCAUCAUCUGUUAGAAUGGCAGUCCAUUUGUGCUCAAUGACACCACUACCUUUCCUUGCAAUGCUCCUGCUCACCAUUUUACGUACGCUCCACUUUGCCCUUGUCACAGAUGAAGAAGCUAUUCUACUGGCCAAAACAGCUCAAGAUGUCUUCUGCUUUUCCCGAACCUUUGAGGAUCUCACCUGUUUCUGGGAUGAGCCAACACAUGUGAAAGGAGCAUAUCGAUUCUUCUAUACAUAUGAAGGAGACAAAAGCCGAGAAUGUGCUUUAAUCUCCAUGAAAAAUACAGGUGGAGGUUGGCGCCACACCUGCCUCUUUCCUGAAGACUAUUAUGGCAUUCAGCUCUUUCUUGAACUCAGUGUUGAGGUGUUGGAUAUCGUUAGUAAUCACACCGUAUUCUCACAGUAUCUCAGAGUGAACACUGUUGGUAAGUUUCUUCCAUAUACAGUAUGUGAAGCAGGGAAAGAGAUGAGGAUUGGGUAAAGCCCAUCUUGGUCGCUCUAGGGUUGUCCAGCAUCCUAAAACACAUUGAUACUAUGGCCUGUAUUUGACACAACAAUUUUAGCCAAGUCAUGUUCAAAAAUGAUUUCUAUGUUAUAAUUCGAUGAUUGCUGGAAUUAGUCUGUGAAUCACACAGACCCUUGUCUGAUGAAUUUAGCUGAAUUUUAUUAAUUCUGUGACUUAUUUGGCAGUGACAGGUAAAUUCUUGUUCAAAGGUAAUAAAAGACAGUUGUGGACUUUUUAUUUAUUUAUGUAUUCAUAACAUUUCAUGGUAAAAGCAAUAUGCAGGUAUUUAUUUCAAGCCAUCUUUCAGGUGUACAGUUGUUAGUUUCCACGGGCUGUGCCUGAUGCUACUGAUGUCCCCAGAAGAGAGGGUAAAAUUUUUCACCCAGGUAUUUUGCUUUUUGCAAGGGACCCGAGAAAGAGGUUAAGUUCAAAAUAGGCACAUUGAGUUUUCAAAGGUUUAACACAUCUAUUUUGCAUCUUAUAUAGCACGGAGAGGUAGAAAACAAUACUAACAAAAAUAGGUGGUUUGUCCACAGACGUUUGCAGUACAAUCUGAUGGGUUUUCUGGAAAAUGCAAAACAGGAAUUGGAGGACAGCAUGUGGCUAAAACAGUGCAUUUAUCCAAU